AAGAAGGAAGGAAGCAAGCAAGCAGGGAAGCGGGCAAGGAAGGAAGGAGGGAAGGAAAGAAGCAACGAAGGAAACAAGCAAGCAAGCGAGGAGGGAGGGAAGGAGAGAAGGAAGGAGGGAAGGGAGGCAGGGAGGAAGCAAGCAAGGAAGGACGUCAAGAAGCAGGCAGGGAGCAGGCGCGGGGGAUGCCGGUGUCCGGCCGUGCGGCGGGGCGGGCCGUGCCGCAGGGGUGAGGCUGAGCGGGGGGCGCCCCGCACUGAGCAGCCGGGGCUGGGGGGCGCCAGGACCAGGGGCGCAGCGCUCGUCCUGAGCCUUCGCUCUGCGGCCCAGCUUGGCCGAGGGAGAAGGGACGGGGGCGCCUGGGAAAGUGCUGUCACUUGCAUGAUGACACCGGGUGCGCGCCAGGAUAAUUUUCGAGGGUGGAUGACAGAAGCAACCAGCUUUUCUGCGAGUGCAGAUCACACACAGAAAAAAGAGAAAUUUGCUGUACAGUUUAUGAAGAAUGAAAAGGAAGUUGAUAUUCCUUCUAAUGAACAUGGUUCACCAAAUGCAGCUGCUGACCAGAAAGAGCAAUCUACAUCAGAAAUAAUAAUAGACUGUGUAUACACAAAUAAUGGGAGUCCUGAGAAGACAGAGAUAAUUAAAUCAGUUGUGACACAUCAGGAUGCAUCUGGAAACUGUGAGCUAUACCUGCCUGAGUCUAGUAAUUGUUCAGCAAUGGAGUCAUCGGAAGACAGUGAGGAGGACAUGUAUCGUGAUGCAGAAGAAAUAGAAAGAGAGAAAAUAUUACUUAGUGAGACAAGCUCUUCAGAACAUAAACUAAGUGUUGCACCUGAAAUUGAUAUCAUAGAGUAUUGCAGAAGAGAAUGGAGAGGAAAUACACCCGUAGCUAAAAGAAUGAGAAAGGGAUAUGAAGCAGUUGCUCAGAGGUUUGCAUCUAUCAGGAGAGUGCGAGGUGAUAACUAUUGUGCUCUCAGAGCAACUUUGUUCCAGGCACUAAGUCAAGCUACCCAGUUACCAAGCUGGCUGCAGAGGGAGGAUUUUACUAUGCUUCCUGAAAACUUGCUGAGCAAAUAUGACUGGAUCAAGCAGUGGCAGUUAAAAGAGAAACUGGGCAGGAAGAUGGGAGAAAUAAGUGAUGAAAUUAAAGAAUAUUUAAUACUUCUAAGAAAGAAGUGGAAGACUAUAAGUGAAAUUGAGGAUCCUAUUGAGAAACAAGAUGCUUGUGAUAAACUAUUUAAAAAUGAAGAGGAGGAGUAUAGUCUCUAUGAAGCACUGAAAUUUUUGAUGCUUAACACUGCCAUUAGAUUAUACAAUGAUGAUAAAAAUGGAAGGAGAGUUCCUGUCUUCUCAUGGUUACUGUUUGCAAGGGAUACAUCUAGCAAUCCUUGUCAGUUAAUGCAAAAUCACUUGAAUCAUAUUGGUAACAGUGGAGGCCUUGAACAAGUGGAAAUGUUUCUCCUUGCUUAUGCUCUGCAGUAUACCAUCCAAGUGUAUAGACUCUAUAAGUAUAGUACUGAUGAAUUCAUCACACUUUAUCCCAAUGACCCGGAGGAGGAUUGGCCUGUGGUGACUCUCAUAACUGAAGAUGACAGACAUUAUAAUAUUCCAGUCAGAAUGUGCCAAGAGACUAUGCUGUGAACAAGUGAUUGUUGGCAGACGAACCUUAUUGAGGUUUCUGGUGCUAUUUUGAAAUAGGAGGAAGAUGAUGAAAUCUGCAUUAUUAAAUGUACAACAACUUGAAAUCCAUGUUUGAGAAGUUUUCAUCUGAACUAAAAUAUCAAAUUGUUACUAGCUUAAAGAGAAAAAAAAUUGCAAGUAUGCCUUCUGUUGCCCAUAAAUAACCCAACAAACCCACAAAACUUCUAGAAUCCCGUUUUGAAGGGCUGACUGGGUAAGAAUGCAAAAACUAUAGGUUUACUUCUUUUAAAAAGAUAGGUGGGGUUCUGUAGUAAGACAUGAGCCAACCUCCUGCACCCUGAAAUAAUGACAUAAUGAUGAAUUGACAUUUCUGGAAAAGUAAGCUGACAAUGUCCUGACUGAUGUUUGUAAGGGUGCUUAGAAGCAAUUUGUACAAAUCUUGGGUCUUGGGAAACAACAUAAUUGUUUUGCAGUUGGAAUUUAAUGGCUUCCGUGGUUUGUGCUAUAAGAGAAAUGUUAUUUAAAUUCUAAUGCUUUGAAUUUUUUCCUGACAUGAAUAUCUCAUGUUUAGAAGCCAGUUGUCUGUUUCAUUGAAAAUAAAGAGCUGUUCCACCUUCAGCCUCUUGAGAGGAUCAUGGCAAAGAGACUUGAUUAAGAAGAGAGUAUAAGUGUUGUUUGUUACUAGGUCACAAAUUAAAAACCUACACGGAAUUACUCAUUCAGUUAUGAUAGCUGGUAUGAGAUAGUCGUGCCCACUAACUUCCAUGUCUGCUCAUGUUUGUGUUCUUGUAAUGUUAAUAUUCACUGGUAGCUGCUGUGGAGAACAUCAGGAUUUUAAUUUGUCCAGGAACUGCAGCAGAUGGGAGUAAACUUCUGGUGCAACUUUUCUACUCCUGGGAGGAAUUGGGGGGGCGAGGGGGGCGUUCUAUCUGCUUGGGAUUAGUCAGUGUGCUUUAAAUGCAGAAAAUAUGUCAGCACUCUCAGCAUCUCAUACCUUAAAAAUAAUCAGAUAAUAAGACCUUCACGUUUAGCUUAAAGUGGAAGUAUGCCCUACAGAUGAUUCUCAGAACAAGGGGGUGAAAGUUGGUUUAAGCGAAAUACUUAUUAUACACAGAUGGCUUGGUUUCUCUUAGAAAACCUUCUUAUAUAAAAGGGAUACGAUUAUUAAAACUACUUUUCAUUCAAAUAUUCUGGAGGAAAUUGGCAUGCAAAACAUCUGGCGUGUAAAACUUCCUAUUCUCCUGUUUUCUUCUACUUGAAAUUGUUUAUUAACUUUUAUUGUGUAAGGUAACUGCAUAAUGGUGAUGUGUACUCACUAUGUUCUAAAAUGAAUUUUGACACAUCUCUAUGAGGUCUGCCACAUUGUCCUUGCCUUUUGAAACUACUGUUUGAAACAGCUGUUUGAUCUGUUACUGAAAAUAUCUGCAACUGCAAUGGAAUAAAAAUAAUUCCAUUCGCCUGACAGUAUUGUUUCUUGGUUUAUGCAGUUUUCCUCCUAGCUUUGUAUUUUUGAGUUUUUAGUUUUGAAAUCUUUGUUCAAGUUAGUUAUUUCUUGAAAGCUGUGAAGGAUACUAAUGUAUGUAAAACAAGUAAUUAUUAGGUUGCUGUUUGCACAUGGGUGGCAAAAAACAUUUUCCUGAAUUACUGCUAUACAAGUAGUGCUGGGAGGGAAAGAAGAAUAAAUUAACUUCAGCAACUCCCUGAACUCUGGUAGAAAAGUUGUAGUUAUGAGUUAAAUAACUGAAAUCAUUUAAAUCUUGAUGUCUCCUAGUUGAGAUACUUGAGAUUAAAACUUAAGACCUCUUCGAAAAAGACAUCUUGGUCAUACAUUCACAGAGCCGAUGUUCUGAAUGUAUGACAAAAGCCUCUAAACCAGAGGUAUUUUAAGGACUGACUCUACAACCAUUAGGUACGUAAACAAUUCACAGAAUUGGCUUGUACAUUGAACUGAGAAGGACAACUGAGCACAAGGUAUGUGUAGACCUUAAGUCACAUAUUGUUCCUGCAGAGGUUGAGUUUCAAACAGUAGAAAAGCUGAUGUUGCUUUGUAUUUUCCAUCCAGUUUGAGAUAAGCAAUAGUUUCUACUGUGGUGUGCAGUAUAUUCAUUUAACUUAAAUAUAAAAUUGGCAGCUGACAGUUUUUCAUCUAGACUU